GCUCGCCUUUCUCUAAUUCUGAUUGGACAGAUUGGUUUUGAAGGACAGUGAUAUCGAUCAAUCGUGUAGCGCGUAGCAAUGAUUGGUGCACGGAGAAUUUUAAAUUACUUAAACCGUUUGAGCGGGCAGCUCGAAUGGUAAAAAGCAGAGUGUUUUGUAGUGGUCCUGAAUGUUUCUCAGAACGGGGACUACGGGAUAGACGAAGGAGAAAUAGAGCGGUCUCUCGAAUUUCGUAAAAAAAGGUUUUUUGGGGGGCGCAGCCAUGAGUACUUUGCCCGAGGCUAUGCGUUCCCUCACGCAGGUGUUGACUGGGAAGCUGCAGGAUUUUACUAAUGAGGUUGAGAAUGUUCACAUGUUGUGGUUGGAGGAGAUUCAGCAGGAAGCUCAGCGCAUGUUCUCCAGUAAUUUCAUUACAGAACCAGAGCUCAUGCCCAAGACUCCAUCACAGAAAAGAACAAAUCGCAGAAAACGGAUCUCCACAGAGCUUAAUGACACGCGUAACAAAAGACGAUUCUCUAAAGGAAAGCGCAGCAACCUGCGUCGUUCCUCGAUCCAGACUACUCUUAAUUUGAUUUCUGAGAAUGUGGUAAUAACAAAUCCUCCCAUCAGCAGUCCUGAGGUCUCUGUGUCUGAGGAGCCUGUUCGCCGUACCCGGCGUAAUAAAGCUGCUGUAGCAGUGACUGAGAGCGAGCCUGUCAAACGUAGCACUCGCAAUAAGGGAGCUGCCAAGGCAAAGGAGGAGGAUAUCGAGGGGGUUGAGACAGUGAAUGAAGCUCCACAGACGCCUGAAGCCCCUAAAAAUGUGUCGGAAGUGAAGGAGUCAAGCAGCUCUUCGUCCCCGGUGCAGACAUUAGUGUCUCAAGCAGUGGUGAAAAUCCCCUCGGCUGAGCGUCUUUCUGCCGAAAAACUGAUCGGGUCUGGGCCCUCUCCAGGCCGCUGUGCAAGUAAAAUGCCCAUUGCCACAUCAGGAGCUCAGGCCUCGUCAAGGACCUCGGUCCGACACUCUUUGGUGCUGCGGCGCUCUCUUGUGGGACUUAGACACAGCAUGACACAGGAAGCAGUCCGACGUGCCUCUCGGCGGUCCUUCCUGAAGAAGAAAGCCAGGCAGGGCAACUCCACAUGCAGCAGUUCAGUCAGUGGUGAUGUUUCUAUGGAUGUUGAAAUGGAGGAGAAUGACAUAGAGAACAAAAUUGAGCAAAUUGUUACUGUGGAAAAGCCAGCAGAACUUGUGGCUGAAAACAUAACUGAAGCACAGACACCUCCGCCACAGGAUGUCAAGGCCAAGAGCUCACUAGACAAAGCGAUACCACUGGUUGAGGUGGAAAUGCAGCAAGAAACACCUCCUGCUGGUGAACAUUGCCGUUUCACACGGUCUAUGGCUCGGCUGUCUGAAACAGGUAAUGAUGUAAAAAAUGACGGUGGGAAAAAGUCUCAGGAUGAACCAAGGUCUUCUCGCUCUGGCUCUAAACGUCGUGCAGCAGAGUCUGCAGCAGUAGCACUCAGCACACCAAAGAAGAAGCAGUCCCCUCCCAAGAAGGCCAUGACUGGCAUUACACACAGCAUGCGCUUUUUGCAAACAGUACAAAAGAACCAGCUGCUCAUGAUGACUCCAGGCUCACUUGGCCGCAGCUCCAUCAUGAAAUCUUUCAUUAAGCAGACCGGAAAAACUGAUGUCAAGUUGAGUUCUGGUUCAGUGGAACGGGAACGACAGAAAUGGGACGCUCUAAACAAGAAAAUUGAACAAGAAAAUGAAAGAAAAUUAAAGAUUGAAGAGGAACGUAAAAAGAAACAAGAAGAGAUGAAAAGGAAACGGGAUGAGCGCGUAAAAAGAGUAGUAGAGGCCCGUGUCAAAGUAGAGAAGGAGAAGGAGCAAGAGAAAAAAAAGAAAAUUGAAGAAAAAAUGGCACAACAAGAGAAGAAAAAUGACAUGUUGCGUGUGGAGAGGCUUGCAGAGGAGAAGGCCAAGAAAAAGGUUGCAAGUAAGCGCCAAGAGGAGCUGGAACUUCGUAGGAAACAGGAAGAAGCAGCACGCAAGAAGAAACUUCAGCAAGCUGAGGAAGAGGAGCGGCGGCUUCUGGAGCUGCAAGCUAAGCGCAAAGCUGAGGAGGAACGGGAGAAAGCACGCAAACAGGCAGAAGCUGCCCGUGCCCUGGAGCUCAAGAAGGAGCAGGAGAGGGAAAGAGAAAGACAAGCUGCUGCAGAGAGGGAGAGACUGGAGCGUGAAAAGGCCAUUGCUCUUCAGAAGGAACUGGAGAAAGCUGCCAGAGAGAAAGAGAGAAGAGAACUAGAAGAAAAAAGGAGAAUGGAAGAAGAACAAAGGAAGGCUGAAGAGGAGAGAGCUGCUAAACAGAAACUUGCUGCUGCUGCCGCCACUGUACAUACUUCCGUUGUGAAAAUGCCUGUGAACAAAGCCCUCAAUACCACGAUUACACACAAUCCUGCACUAAAUAUUACUGUAGAUAUUGAGAACUCUGUCAUGAAAACCCCUGUGAGCAAAGGAGCUAAUCAUAACAUGACUGUUGACAAGGGGGCAGGGCUAAAUGUCACUGUUGAUGUAGAGCAGUCUCCUCAGUCCUACCAAAUUACACCUAAAGGCAAGAAGAUUGACGUUUUACUGAAUCCUGAGGACUACGGCAUGGACCAGAACAGUGAUGACUCUACAGAUGAUGAAUCUGCACCUAGAAAGCCUAUCCCAUCUUGGGCCGAAGGUAUGCAGCUUCAGCAGGCUAUUAUGAAGCGCUAUUAUGAUCCACUGGAUCUGGAUGCCUACUUUGGGGUGGUUGAACAGCCCAAACUGGAAAAAAUAUUUUCAAAGACCAAACCACGUUUCUUCAAGCGCACAAGCUCUGCUGUCUGGCACUCCCCUCCACGAAUGGGUGCUAUGCCUAACUAGAGAAGUUUCCCUCAGUUCUGUGUUGUACUUUUUACCUUCAUUUGUAUACAUUUCCUUUUGUCUCGUAAAUCUGUCUUCUGUUUUCCUCUGAUUUUAUAUGUAUAAAACAUUUUGUUUUACAUAAACCUCUGGAUUUCACUUUAAUAAAGCGCUAUAAAAAUGUAUAAUGAUGUUAGAGUAGUGGAAGGAAAGUGAUCCAAAUAUGUUAAAUCAUAAUUAUACGGUUUUGCAGCCUUUUUUUUUUUUUCUUUUCAUUUAUUAGAGUUUUAAUGUUUUUUAUAUGUAGUAUCUUGUAAGGAGAGUGAGUGGAUUACUUACCUAGCUACCUACACUGAUAUUAUACAGGAGCUGCUAUGAAUAGCACUUCAUAUGGUCAGCGAAGGAACACUGACCCGUAAGACACACGUCACUAAAGUGUGUAUGUAAAUCCACCUUUAAAACAUGCAUAAUAAACAAUGGCUUUGAAUUGUUGAAAAA